CCCGCGGUUAAAGUUGCUCUUUACUCUUCGCGUUUGACUCCGAUCACUCCUCGGGCAAGAGGGCGAAGCCCACGGAGGCCGUGCGACCGCGUCGACGACGUCCUCCGCCGCGAGCGCGUCGUCGCAGCCGCUAUGGCGUCGCCGGACGAAUGAGAACGCGCGCGAUACGGUGUUGCCGCGGUUCGGUGCUUCGGGGUUUCGCUCGACAAGCUGGUGCCGUGAUUCCGCUCGACGUCGAGUGGAGAUCGCGCGAUCGACCGAUCGUCGGGUCAUCCGGGAAUCGCGCUUCGCGUCGAUGUAUCGGCGGUCGGACCAGGCGGUGCACGAGCAGUCGGAGACCGAGAAGGCACGCCGUGGGAUCGUGGAAUGCGCGCUGACAGGAGUGUCAAGGCUCGGACCGCGCUGUAGUAUGAAGCCCUACGUGGAACGGAAGGACCAGGGUUCACAGUUCAAGGAAGCGGUUAACGACCGAGGAAGAACCGAGGAUAACGCUACCUAGGAGAGAUGAACGAUUCAGGAGGGACGACGAGCGGCGAGUCAUCGAGAGAUCCGGAGGACGACCCGUCGACGACAUCCGGAGACCUUCCGGAAACCAACAUGGACCUGGUACACGCUCCGAAUCCCUGGCUUCCGGCCUACGGGUUCCAGCUGCAGCAUCACUCGCCCUUCCAGCCCACGCAGGAGGAUCUACGGGCUAAUGACCCCAUGGUAGUACAACGAGUCGACUUUUUGGAAACGAUUCUCGAAGAGACCUCCGACGAUCUGCAGAGCGACUCCGAUCGAAGUGGGACGACUUACUGGUUAGGUUCUGAUUCUGAGACUGAGAGCGUCAUUCAUAUAAGAGCGAAUCACGGAGUGUUUGACGAGAAACCAGAUGGAAGCGGCAGCGAGUGCAACUCCGUGGUGCCGAAGAAACGACGUCGACGCAACGGCGGCUCCGAGAAUGGCUCCAGCCUAGAUCAGCGCUCGAUGUCGCCGAGAUCCUCCAGGUCCUCGAGAUCAUCGGGCUCUUCCAGGUCGAGCUCCCUUUUACAAUUCGAGUCCCUUGAGAGGACGUGCGCCACUUUGUCACCCUCCAGCUACAGCUUCGACUCUCUGGAGUACGCGAAUCGCUCGAGCAACCGCUUCGAUAACACCUCUCCGGACAGCUUGGAGCAAGACUAUGAUAGGACGAUCCCGAACGGGUUUGCUGGCGAAACCUUUGGCAAGAUCAGGCCCUAUCGUAGUUUCGAGAGCUUGGACACGUAUCAGAAAGAGGACGAUGUCAGGCAGCGACUGUGUAAUGGGUUUGCGCCGCUUCUCUAUACCGAAAGGAAUCAGGACCUCUCCAGAUCGAGGGCUAAGCAGACUAAGAGGUCCCUAUGGAGAGACGAAUACGACGACGACGAUAACCUCGCGGAGGACCUAGAAGACGACGAGGACCAGCAGGAGGACCCAGUGGACCGAUGUCGGAACGACCUGGAUCGCUUCGAUGACCGCCUGCUCGUCUUCGCGGAGUCGAAUGGCAGCUAUUCGACGGCUCUGGAUUGUCGCAACACGAUCGAUCUCCGAGAAAUCGGCAUCGAAAGCAAGCGGGAUGCCUUAUUCGAUUUGAAAUCGGGCCAGGCAUCUUCCUCGGGUUCGUGGUUACUACAGAGCGGUUUAAAUAUAGCCGGCAACAUGGGACGCACCGGCUGUGCCGGCCAACAAGGGUGGAGCAAGUCGGGCUUUAAUUUUAGAUUCACGGAUAAAUCUCAGAGCGCGCCCAGUCUGCCAGGCAGCGCUUUCGGGGCCGGUCUCGGGGAGGAGGACUUCUACUCGGCGACAUCCUCGAUCACGACGGUAUCCUCGGCUUUCUUUGAGAACUACAACAGGGUAGCCAGCGUGCCGGUGGAUCUGUACCUCUGCGGCGAUUACUCGCACGAUGAUACCAGUGCUACGAGAAUAGGCGCGGUACCAAGCGAGUGUCACGAAAUGGCGGACGUGGAGAUGAUGCGAGAUGGCGCAACGCCUAAAGACGACGUGAUCUGCGAUGGCGUUGUCGCGCCCAGGACGAGCGACGACGACGACGAGGACGAGGACGAGGAUUUCGGUGCUCUGUUGUCUUCGGUAAGAACUCAGGAUCCUCAAGAUACGAUGAUGGUGAGGCAAGAGGAACGGAAGCACGCCCCUCGUGAGCAGAUGCAAGUACAACAGAAACAGGUAACGUCGACGGUCAAAACCCAGGACCGAAGGGACAACGUCUUGGAAAUAGCUAUGGCCAUGGAGAGCGACAUCGACGCCGUCGUCGACGAAGCCAUAAAGCAGUUCAAGCGCGAGGUCGAGGAGGCGGCAAUAACCUCAACCGAAUCGAGUCUUUCGCAGCGAUCUGCCAAACAGCGCGUCUCGAGAAAGAUCAAGAACAAUGCCAGCUACGAACUGGCCCAACAGCUACAGGUAGACGAGACCAACUUCAGGACCAAGAUGCCCAGCUGCCAGGAAGUCGACGUGGAAAACGGCUCGCCGAAGCCUUCACCCAGGAGAAGAGUCGUUAACAACGCCAGCUACGAGCUGGCGCAACAGUGCGACUACAUCCGGGUGUUGCAGGGUCAGCCGAAGCCGUUCCACCGCAUGGAUGCGUGCGACGAGGAGCCCUCCUCCUCGAGGUUAAAGGUCGCCGAGCUCGUCGAGGAGAUGAGCAAGAACAAGGAAUCUAGUUCCAAGGGCUAUUCCAAGUCGGCCGAGAACGUCUCGACCGGCGCCAAUUCCGAGGUCGUGGCAAAUCACGUCGGUCCCCGGGAAUCCGACAUGGAUCCCUCCGAGGACCAAGACUCUCUCCUGAGCCAGAUAAAAAAAAACUCGGAUUUCUUUUCGCUGCCUGGAGAAAAUGGUAGUGUGCAGGUAGAGGACGAAGUAGACUACCCCUGUUUGGAGAGUAAAUCCCUAGUUUUAACCCCGGUCCCCGCAAAGAGCGAUAUACUCGGAGAGGAGACCCAUCUCCGCGAGCACCCCGACUGCGAGCCAAGAUCCUCGGCGAAGAAGCAGGUAACGUCCACCACUUCCGCGGAGCUGGGCCGUCUACUGGACGACAUGAUCCCGCGGAAGAAAUCCUUUCUAGGUGAGUAUUACCCGGAGAAAACGCGCCGCCACAGCGGAAGCCCGGAAGAGGUCGAGCACGAGGUCAAAGAGUCGAAGGUCUUGGCUAAGCAAUCUUCUUCCAAAGUUAUGGCCAAGAUGGAUUCCAAAUCUUCCGUUAGAGCUCCCAAGCGGAGAGACAGUCCGGGCGACAAGUCCAUCGCGCGUAGACCUUGCGAGGAGAGGUCCAGCGGUGACUUCUCGGACGAACGGCUAACAGCGAGUACCGCCUCGGUCACCGCUACCAUGGCGGCCUCGGCCGACUCGGAGGGGACCAAACAGCCGGAGGAGGAAAACCCGAAGAAGGAGAAGGAUGUGGCAACGCAGGAAUAUAAUGUCCACGGUGUUCGUUGCCCCCCACCGGCUCUGGCUUACAGUCCACAGAGUGGGAACCCGGCCGCCGCCGCCACCACCACCGCCGCCGCCUCUGCCGGUGAUACCAAUCGCAGGGAUAACGACGAGUACGACAACAACGGUGCCCCAGUCAGGCAAGAGAUGUCAACGGCGAAGUGCGACCCCGUACCCGCCAUGGCCAAUCCUGCCGAGAGGAAAAAGGGCGGUCUCGGUGGGUUCCUGCAGAGGUUCUCCAGGUUGAGGUUCAGUGGUCGGUCGAAAGUGCCGCGGUCGGAGGUGCACAAAAAAAGUGAGGCCCAAGUGAAUCGUGCCAAGUUGAGCGGACAGGCCGAACAGGAGACCACCGGUUCCAAGAGGAAAAAAGAACCGGAUUACAUUAUCAUUCCGCUACACCCCCCGGAAGAAGAGAGAAAGAGAGAGGAGGAGCUGAGACACGACAACCAGGAAGUCAGAAAGUCGGCGCAAGACGUGCACAGGGUUCCCUCCAACGUUAGCACGAACGGGAGGCCGCCAGUAUCCAGCAAGCCGCCAUUGCCGCCGCAGCCGCCCCGAGCGACUGCGCUGGGUUCGAGACCGGCGCCCUCGGGCGGCGUCGCGACGCGCCGGCGCGCCGCGACGGACCUCGGCAACCCCGCUGCCAUCGAGAUGGCGAAGGCCCGCACGAUGCAGGCUGGCACCGAGCGCCCCGUCGGCCUGCUCGAGACCGACCUCGACGCCGCCGAGGGCUCCGAGGGCGUCGCGACGCCCGCCGCCCCCGGUAAGAAGACCAGGAGUCUGCUCAACCUGAACCACACAAGGGCCGGACGCGAGGCCGGCGAGGCCGCGACUCGCGCCCCGCAGUCCCCCGGGGGCAGGACGCCCGUCGACGUCUCCGUCGCCUCCAUCAACCAACGCCCCCACAAAUCCAUGGAGUUCCUCCUGGACAAGGAGAACCUGCACUUUGUCAAGCCACCGGAGAACGAGUUGCAAAAGGUCGGGGAAAGAGUGCCAAGCGAACACGAGCUCAGGGUGCAGAGGUCUCUACAGCGACUGAACGUUCCGGAUUGGUUCAAAAACUCUCCAGCCGCCCGCGAUGGUUUCCGAUUGAAGAGACACUCAGACGCUUCUCAGCACAGCGGAUGGCGUGCCCUCGGCUCAAAGACCACCUCCUUGUCGUCCUUGUCGUCAUCUUCUAAUAGGCAACCUACCACCGCAGGUGUCCUUUUGAGUCCGAGUCCCACGCCGCCGGUUUUCUCAAGAUGGAGUACCAGCCUGCUCAACAGUGCCGGAAGUUCCCCAGCAAGCUCGGCAAGGUCGUCCUUCAACCAUCGGCAGCCGUAUCUGGGCUGGCGUUCCCAGGAACGACUGACCAAUCCACGAACACCCGCGGAAAGACUAGCUCAAGGGAUUCUCCCGCAAUUGCAGGCAGCAAACAAGCAGCAGCAGCAGACAACGAACCAGCAGCUGGAAGUGAGGAAUUCGAUAAAGGAGGUGACCUCUGCUAUCGUGCACUACGUGCAGAGCGGCCAGGAGGUAGGUGGAGGCGGCCGAUUGUCGCCUCGAUCUCGGGCCGAGGACUGGGACGACAGGGGCGGCGCAAGAUCUACCAGCCCCAGAGGGAGCGUGAAGUUGUGCUGGAUGGAGAGUUCGUUCGUGGGCUCGAGGCCGGUCGACUCGCCGGAAACGCCGAUGAGUCUGGCCACGGAGACCGAGGGCUGCGCGGGGUGUAACGCCACGGCGUCGGAGUCCUGCAGCUGCGUCGACUCGGCGACCUCGGGCCUCUUCCUGGAUUUGACGCCGACGCGGGAGGGGGGCCACUACCAGGGCUCGGCCAGCCUCUGCCCGUCCCCGUCCUCGUCCGCGAAUUACCACCAUCAGCACUCGAGGCAGCACCACCAGCGUCACUAUCGGGAGUCCGCUAGGAGCGCCCUGGAGGUGCUGGGCGGCCCGGAGGAGAGACCGUCCUACUACGUGGGCGAGCUGGUGCGUCGGAAGAGCGAGGGCAGCGACACGAUCCCCUCACGGAUGGUCGGUCGGAUGGCAAACUUCCGGCACAGACGGGUCUCCUUCGACAACGCCCAGGACAGCGGGGCGGCGGUGGCGGCAGCGGCGGCGGCCGCAGCGGCGUCCUCGGAGAAGACGGUGCGAUGUCGGAACAACAAGUGCAACAACGCGGCCAGCGUCGCCGAGGCACGCAAGACCUACAAGAGCUGUCACAACUGCACGUGUCUGUACUGCUCGCGGGAGUGCCGGAGGGCCCACUGGCAGCGGCACCGCAGGACGUGUCUGCACUCCAGGGCGGGUACCCUGUGCAGGCAAGUGCUGUCAUCCGCGAAGGAGGACCCAGCCACCCUGAAGCACGUCUCGACCCUGGCCCGCCGGGGCUACGUCUCGCACGGCCGCGGCGCCGUCAAGUGCUUCUUCACGAGCCCCGAGGCCGCCGAGAAGUUCGUGGAGAACGGAUUUGUCGACCUGGGCGAGCCCACCUACAUGCGCUGGUCGGACCUGCUGCCCAGCGAGAUGGGAGCCGAGCUCUACGCCGAGGCGACCAGGCUCUGCAAGGCCUACAACCCGGACACCAGGCUGGUCCUCUACGUGGCGGUGUGCGUGGUCAGCGAGGUGCCGACGAGCGGGCCCGUCAGGUGGGAGAGGCAGCUGGUCUCGAGGUGCGCCAAGGUUCGCCUGGACGCCUCCUGCAGACCCGCGGCCUCGGCCUCGGCGUCGCCCCAGGGUCGCCAGCAGACCUCCUCGCCGUGCAAUAUCACUCGCGAGAUGGACUCCCCGGAGACCCUGGUGCUCACCUCCCAGCCCGGCACCAACGGCCAGAACACGCCUCGCAAGGCCCGCGAGAUCAGCUUCACCAACAUCCAGCGACAGCUCAGACUGAGGGGCGUCUCCCUCAGGAGGCACUUCCCCCAAGUCUACCGGAAGCUCUGCUCCUACGUCGACGGGUCUGUCGACAAGUUCGCCCCCGUGACCAUCUAUCCCAGGGACCAGGCCUCGGGGAAGAGUUUCAUGUGCAUCAUCAUGCUCGACGCCGAGCCGGAACGCCUCCAGCUCCUGCCUACCGACUCCUCCAGAGUCAGAACCGUCGAUAUCAGCGUGGAGCAGGUGUGAGCGCCCGCCGCGGGUCCGAAACGAAUUCCUUGCUCAUCCCGAUCUCUUGCUGUCUUCUUCCUCAACAAAGUAGCUUCGUCGGUCGGCUCCUCGGUACCGAGAUGCGAAUGAAGGCGUUCCGCGCGUAAGCAACGAGAAAGAUCUCUCUUCGGGAAGAGAAGAUUCGCUACCCGGACGGGACAACGACGAUCCAGAGAUUCUUCCGAUACGUGUAAUCAAAUUUUUGCCGAACACCGGAGGACCGGUUCGAUUUAAUUUGUCACGUGACCGAUGCGAGUAGCGGAGAGUCGCCAGAAAUUGUAUCGAAAUAACGUAACGCGACUACUAGUUCGGUAAAAAAGGAAUCCGAUUAAAUUUGUCUAGAGGUUAUGAUACAUUUAUUGCAAACAAUGGAAAUGAUAAUUUGCGGUCGUUCGAUUGACAAAUUAAAUGGAAUUUCCCGGCCUUGUAGAAGUCUCGACGAGCCUCCCGUCACGUUUGCAAAAAGCUUUGCGCGUCCCGAAAGUAGCGAUCUCGUCCUGAAUUAAAUCUUAGGAAUUAGUCGUCUCUUUCCGAAUGCUAAAACCUGUGCCAAAAGGGAAUGCAGAGGGAUAUCGCGCCGCGGGAAUAACAAUCGAGCCAUGCCAAAAGUCUUUGGAUCGAGAAUCACGAAUUUUCAAUGCCAGAAAUAUCUUUUCUUGUCGUCAUCGAGCGUUACCGUGACGUGCAGAUCGUCGAGGAUGGCACGCUUCCGUCACUUAUCGCAUUUAAAUUCUUUUUGGAUCCAAAAGCGAAUUAUACUCGAUGGUGGGCUAAAUUGCACGAAUAUUUCGGACAUCUGGAAACACUCGGAAACGACAUUUUCGUUGCAGAAAUGAAUCUACGAGUAUAGUUGGCGGAUUGAUUUCGCGAGAUAUUCGGUCAACGAAAAUGAUGCAAAUUCGUAGAGUCGAGUCGGGAUUUGCUAGAUUGAGCAUUGAAUCAGGGAUUUGAGUAAUUGUUAGCCUGUGUAAGAAACGAAAGAAGAGCGAUCACAGUGCCAAGAGCAACUUUUGCUAAACAGACGGUGAUUCGCCGUACCUUUUAAAAGGUCUAGAUGAUGGUUGCAAUUCGACAUCUCGACUGCUCACGUGACAUUCCUAAACGUAAUUAGCUAAUAGAUAAUAAUAAUAAUAAAUUUCUUGGGAAAUCUUCAAGACAAUUAAACUUCCCAGGAACAAAAAAAAAACUCGAGUUCAUUAAAGAUCUGGUAGUUGUUUUUUAUUCCGAAGAACUGUGAGAAUUUUUCUUGAUAAAACAAUAGAAAUCAAAAUGUACGUUAGUUUUCUUUUUGCUGCCGUGUUAGUUUUCAAAGUUAUCCCUAUUUAAGUGAAUUUCCAAUGUAUUAAAAGUGGUCGCGAUGUCGCGUGCAGCCAAUGCAAGCGAAACAACGGUUAUUCUUAUAUGAUACGCGAUUAUCUACAGAUAACGUAGCUCGAAAAGGCCCUUGCGCGUAUACUCUAGACUCUUAGUAAACCUAACUUUAGGCUCCCGCAUCGCCUAGAUUAGAAUUUAACCCAAUGGAUUACUUUCGCAACUUUUGUGACUUUCGUCCAGCCCCGAGGUACUCGUAUCGUUUACGCGCGUUGCGAUACAUUUUCGCGACCACGCCUGGUCGACUUGUGCUCUCGAAGCCGUUCCUAGAAAACUGGGAGUCGUCUAAAAAACAAAAUCGAAAAAAAAAUUGCAUUGUGAAGGAACUGCUUCGAGACUAAAGCGUCCUCGGGAAGUUUGCGCAACUACCCAGCCAGUAUGUAUAAUACUUCCCUCGGGUGUUCCGUUGGAGGUCCUAAGAAUUUUCUGACACCAAGAAUAUCCUUACAACGAUGACACGUACUGGUUUGGUAGCCGCGAAACGUAGGUGACCGAACAGACGAUUCCUUUUUAUGGUUACGCGUGAUUUACGGCCCAGACACAGAAACGAAGUCAAGCAUCAAAACCUUAAUGUCUUUAAAGAUCUGCUUUGAGGCGUCAUUGGAGUACGAUCGGCAAGUUAGGCGUCGCGGCGCUGUGACUUUUGGAUGCUUCUUGUCAUUUACGGUCUUUUCAGGUCGAUCUCCACGUUGCGCUUGAAUAGCUCUUAGAGAGGAAGUACCAGAAGCGUCCAAAGUGAUGAUUAUAACCGUAAAUGAUCUCAAGAGGAGCCGUCGUUAAGCGCAACGUGGAGUUAUCACGUGAUGAGGGUCGAGUCGAGUUGUCGACUAGCUGGCCACUUCACGCCGUAACUCUCUCAAAUUCUAGUUGAGAUACUGUUGAAUUCUUCAUAGUUCCUUUAUCUAUCUCUAUGACAAAACGUUGGACGUAUUUAUGUAUUUAAAUAUUAUAGCGUCGUAUUGUGUAUAUCGCAAAGAAAUUAUUCGUGUUGUUUCGUCGCGCUCGAGCCGCUCAGAGCGCCAUCGAGAGCGAGGCGCGUCGAAGUACGAGGCGGUCGAAGAUGCCUCUUUGUUUUUGAUUCUUUGGAGGUUCCCUGUUCGAGGGUGUGACAGAUUCGCCCGAAAAAAACCUCGAGGUUAUAUUUAGCGACGGGUAUUUACGUUCCUUCGCAAUUAUUUGCUGUUAUUGCUAUGUUUACUGUUUGCAUCUGGAGCCGGGUGUAGGUAGUGCAAAACUACGGUGCUGGAGACCCUCGGAACCUCUAUGAGAAGUGAAAAAUGAAUCCAUGGAAAUUCAAUUAAAACCGAUGCAAUUUAAUAUAAUUACGAUCAUGUUGAGAUAUUUAGGUCUGUCGAUUGAUUUUGGGGAUGUAUGAAAAACUUAUUUGCGACAAUACUUCUGUGACAGGACAGUAAAAAUUUGUUAAUCGUAUUAUUCUCUUGAGUUUUAUAAUACUCAUACGCAAUAGGGAUCUCAAGAAUAAGGAAACACCUGUAUUUUCAAAUUCAUGUUGAAUUACGUCGACCGAUUUCGAUUGGUUCUAACGUGAGCUUUGUAAAAGGGGCUGAGAGGAACAGAUGACGAUUUCAUCGAACUCAAGAACUGAAACAUGCAUUAAUAUAUUUUCUUAAUUCUAGAUUGAUUCUAUUUUAAACUUUAAACUGACAUUAUUAUUAACGAUAGCUAUUUUCAAUCAUUGUUGUAUUAAUUUUUUGAGAACCGUUGACAUGAUCUGAGAUUAUAUCAUCCACUUAAAGGAACCAGCUGUAGAUAUCGGAUACAGCGUAAAUUUUCUUUACAUUCGCGGAUUGUACUAACGACGCGCCAGCAAAACGUCAAAAUCUGCGCGCCCGUCGACGAAUCGACAAUUGCGUAUCAAAAAUCAUUGCCGAAAAAGAGGGAUAUAAUGAUAAUGUUCUCGAUCGGCGAUCGACAUACUCUGUUAUUUAAUACGUGAUCCGUUACCCAUCGUUACUUGAUUCCGAGAUUUUUCGAUUUCCAUUUACGUGCCCUCGGUUCGGUCGCGGAACGUUUGAGCCGAACGCUCAAACAUCAUUCUCGCCGAUUCUCAGUCGAAGAUAUCACGAUGAAUUCUUAAGAUUAAUAAAAAAGAAUAUUGAAAAAUCUUCGGUAGGCUGGGUAAAAAAUCGCCCAGCCAGGAAUGAUCUCUCUGAGAUCCACAGAUCUAUGAUCACGCGAGUGGUUUCUCGCGUUGAACUUCAAAUAUCGUUUUAAUCUGUAUUUUUAUCGGUGCUAUCGUGUGCUACCAUUGU